CAUACCAAGUUCCCAUUAUUUAAUACGAACAUACCAAGUUCCCAGUUAUUUAAUACGAACAUACCAAGUUCCCAGUUAUUUAAUACGAACAUACAAAGUUCCCAGUUAUUUAAUACGAACAUACCAAGUUCCCAGUUAUUUAAUACGAACAUACAAAGUUCCCAGUUAUUUAAUACGAACAUACAAAGUUCCCAGUUAUUUAAUACGAACAUACAAAGUUCUCAGUUGUUUAAUACGAACAUACAAAGUUCUCAGUUGUUUAAUACGAACAUACAAAGUUCUCAGUUGUUUAAUACGAACAUACAAAGUUCUCAGUUGUUUAAUACGAACAUACAAAGUUCUCAGUUGUUUAAUACGAACAUACAAAGUUCUCAGUUGUUUAAUACGAACAUACAAAGUUCUCAGUUGUUUAAUACGAACAUACAAAGUUCUCAGUUGUUUAAUACGAACAUACAAAGUUCUCAGUUGUUUGAAAAUAUCAAGAGCUCGCUUGCCAAAGAUAAACAAGGGGCCAAAGCAGUUCACUUUAGUUUCAAAAUCGACCGAUGA